GCCCUAAUACUAAAAUCUAAACAUGUGUGCCAGUACAUCCCAGUGCCAGUGAGUUUAGUGUCAAUAGUGCCGCAGCGGUUCGGUAGUGAAACUUUGAAAAUGGAAGCAUUGGAAAGGAGAGGGAAAGUGUUGGCGAUCGCUGCAAUAUUAUUUAUCGUGUUUUGGUCACAAUGCAAAGGCGUGGAAGGGUACAACACAACGAAGAAAGUGUACACGUGCCCGGCGCAGUUCAUCCGGCUCGGGCACAGCUGCUACUUCUUCAGUGAGACCAAGACAACCUGGCAGAACGCGCUCUUUGCCUGCAAGGAUCGUGAAAGCAACCUAACGGUGCCGGCCCGAUGGGAGGACCGCAACUUAAGAAACUACCUCAAUAAACCAGGCAUUGAGAAAGUUAGUCGAUGGAUCGGCGGAAUCUACGACUACGCCGCGCGCGCAUGGAAGUGGGGCGGCGAGCUGCGCCCCAUGCGGUACCAGUCCUUCUCCAAGAUGAGGAAGCGCAAGCCAGAUGAGCUGCAAUGGAACUGCAUCGCCAUGGAACCUGAGCUGCUCUACAGAUGGGCACCCGCAAGCUGCUACGAAAGCCGGCAGUACAUCUGCAAAACUAAACUAAAGUACCACCGGCAACGCAACGCAAUCAGCCGCGAACGAAACGACCCGCGAAGCAACGACGUGGUGACCGCCAACCCGUCGCUGAACCCGCUCAAGUCAUACGACCUGCGUCCCAGUGCGCUCCGGGCCAUGCCGAAGCCACGACGAAACAAGCGAGGACCGCUCCGGCCGAGUAGGAAGCUCACCCGACCUUUCCCUGGAUAUCAGUGGAACCGCCGUGACCCUGAGGGCUCGUUCCAACGAAACGCCGAGCUUCUCACUUCUGGCCGCACCGGUCUCAGCCCCCAACAAGUCAACACUCACCUAGCGCGGCUUAAACAUUUACGAGACAAGCAGCUAAGGAAAAAGAGAAUACGUGACCGAGAUGACUGGCUAGUCAACGAACCCAAGCAAAACAUGGCGCACACACACGCGAGGACGUACACUGUGGAUAAUAACAUCAGCGCAUUGCAUCCAAAGACAAUAGUCGAGGAGUUCGAUAUGAUGCCGCCACCAUCACCCAUCGAAGUACGACCAGCACGCCAAAUAAAUUACGAUUAAUUCCAUCUCGGCAUUUUAAAAUGCGUUUACUUUAGAAUGUGAAUUCUCUUUGAAAUAAUUUAAUGACUUUUUGGGUCACUUUGAAAAAUUAACUGAGUGAGAGUUUAUUUUUGAAAAGACCUGUUUUAUUUUAAUAAGUGCACUCUUCUUAUCGCCACUUUGGACUCCGUAGUUCGGAUCUGCUAUGUACUCAGUAAGUGUUUAUAAUAAGCAGAAGUUAGCUUAUUUAUUUGCGUUUGUAAUGUGAAUGUGAUCGCUUAGUUAUAGAAAUGUGUAGACUUUUUGUGUUCUUCUUCUCUUUUCGUAGAGUAGACAGAACGUGACGAUUAUUCUUCGAAGAAAUAAUGAGACAUAGCUAUGCUCUAGCCAGCCAACACUUGACAUUUGUGGCUUCCUCGGAGCAUUCCGCUUUUUUUAAUGCAGACAGCUAUCCUUGUAGUAAGGAAAGGGUCAAUGAUUUCACCUACUCUGCCGCUGAUAGGGUUGGCUGGCCCAACUUUAGCUAGUCAUUGCCCGACAUAGGGUAAAUGACAGCAACCAACAUUUACAAUGCUGUCUUGUAUCUCUACCUUCAGUGUCAACGAUUAAUCAUUAAGUCAUAUUUUGUAAACCAUCUCAUUUCGAGUAUUAACUUUAACGCUAUCGUCAUGUUUCAAUUUAGGUUAAGUUAGCUUAGAUAAUCAAUAUCACACACACGAGCCAAAUAAUUUGUUUUUUAUUUUAUAUCCUCUUAUAAAAGUAAUACCACAGACUAAAACAGGCACAGUAAAUUGGCACGUUUGAAACAUCGCUCUGAUGUUUCAAAACAUAAAUUUGCUUUUUAGAUUUAGAGACUAAAAUUAAUUAUAUUUUUGUAUUUAUAAACAACUAGUCAGUAAGUGCGUUUAUUUUAAAGAUUUUCUAUUGUAAGUACAAAAUUAUGUAUGUUUACAAACAUGUGUUAUAAAGCUAUACUUGUGUAAAAUAAAACUAGCGUACUCCCAUUAUAUUCCAUAAAAUAUUUGUCUGAUUAAUUUAUAUAUUAAGUAUGUUUUUUAUAUAUCUUAUUUAUGUUAGACUUAUGUAACUAGCAUAAAGGAUCACUAGCAUAGAGUUACCUCUAUAACCUAAAAAGUAUUCAUUAGUUUUAAAAAACUGUGUCGUACUUUACAUUGGCAUUUCAAAUUUUCUUAGAUUUUAAAUAAUUAGGGACACUAGUGUGAAUCUUCGGAACAACAUUCACAGUCAUUUAUACAUAAUUUUUAAUAAGAAUUGUCAUUAUGCAUAAAGUGACACAUGUUUUACGCUGACAUUAAAGCUAACCGUAAUGCCCUUAACUUAAUAUGCCCGAUAAACUUAUUUUCUAACUACUUACAUAGGUAAGUACCGUUUGUCGGGUACUAACUGCAACUACUAAGUAUUGUGUAUCUUAUUUUAUUAGGUAGAUAUUUAAAUAUCAAAGUAAAACAUGGAACACGAAAAGGCAUUUGUUUUUGUUAUCUCAUAAAUAUAUAAUUAUCUUCAUAAUAAUUGUUAUUUAUAAUAUAAUGAAAUGAAAGCAUAGUAGUCGUGGUCUAGACUGUAGUCGUGGUUAGUGCCAAUAAUUAAAAUCCUCGCAUUUAUGUUAAGGAUAUUGUACGUCUUCGUCGUCUACUUUUAACAGAAUAUUUAUUUACCAACCCAUCGGUAAAGUUUAUUGGUUUCGUUUGUUUCACAACAAAAUAAAUGUAGUAAUUUAUUAAUUAAUUUACUCCCUAUGUGUUCAUUGCCUUUUUCUUAAUUUUCAUUGCCGAUGAUCAGUAUAUCGAGUUGGUCAAUAUCUAUUUUCGUACAGUCAGCAACUGCCCAGAACUUUUUGAAAGAGCGUGUGUAGAUCAUUUUAAACACCCCGCACGUUCAGCGACUUCUGCUGCUGACUAUGCCUAAGUAUCUCCUGUUUGUGUAUGAUACUUUCCGUAGAAUGCUUUUAAUUAAAUGUAUGUUUCAUACCAAUGGCUGUAGGUACGUAGAUUUAUCAAUAUAACCCUGCUCUUACUAAUGCGUACCUAGCAGGGUUUAAUGCCAUAUAAUGCUUCAGCAAUAUAGUCUUUCGCAUUUGAUUAGUAAAUCUUAAAAUUUAUAUGUUUUUGUAGAUAUUACUUUAAUGAUUAAUCUAACUAAAUGAAUAGGUACCGAGUUGCGGUUAUAACCCCAAGUUCUGUUCUAGAAUAUCUAGUUUAUUAUUAUUUUUUAUCCUGCUAAGAAAUAUAAGUAAAUAAAGAUUAAAUACCACCCUUUUCUGAUUUUAUAAUCGUUGAAAUGUCAACCACGGGCUCUAUCUAAAAAAUUGUGAAUAUUGGGUACCUACACACAAUCACACAUUAAAUGUAGAUAACAAGUACCUACCAAGAAUCAUUAAUAAUGAUGCUUAUACUUGGUACACCUUAUUUUAUAUUGUAAAGAGAUUACAGGAGUAUAUUAAUAUGCAUAUGAAAAUUAAAACAGAAAAUUUUGAGGUAUAGGCGAAAUUAAAAAUAGACUUUAAAAACAUAAGUUCUUUUUACACAAUACAUAUAUUAAUUUAACAAAAUUCUGUGAAUUCAUCAGUAGGUUAAGUAAACUAAAGUGAGUAAUUUCUUAUUGUAUUAAUGUUUAAAUUAAUAAAGGAAUCAGAGAAAACA